CUCUAGAGAUCGGGGGAGGAGUUACAACACGAUCACCUUAGUAACCAGUAACGUAAACUGACCAGAAGGGUCGUAAAUACGAAACCCGAUCCGCGAAGUCGGAUCUUUUGUGCAGCUGCUUCAACGCUCGCAGACUGAACUUGUAUCGAGAUUGAGAAGACAACCCCUGCAAAUUUUUAUAGAAAUAAAGAAAAAACUAUAGCAGUGUGCACGCAACAUACGGACAACGUGGGAAAGCAUCGAUGCGCGCGAGACAGGAGUUCCUAAAUAGACAACGGAAGCUUCCUCGAGCGACUGGAAUAAACCGGGAAUUUCACUCAUUUUUAUUCGGUAGAGGGAUUUCUGAUGUGGCAGCUUAAUGCCAACUCGGCGUAAAACCAUAAAUCCCUUCUUGUAAAACAUGGUGAGAGGGGCUCUUGAAACCAAUGAGCUUACCAGGCAACACUCUAACUAACGUGAUGGGGAUGAUGAUAUUACAUAUAGCAAUGAUGGAACAGCCGCAUUGACAAAGAUUAACUGCACUCACUCUCAGUGCACUGCUGCCAAUCAGCAUGCUGCGGAUACUGUCGCUCAAAUUUGGCCGCGUCUACCGGUGUGGCAAGUUCCUCUUCAUCGUAGCUCUUUUUGUGAUCCUGCUGAUGAACACUCACAACCUCUUCGCCUCUUUCCAGAGGAACGAGCUCACUGACCGGCGAUUCAUCGGCCUCAACAAGUGUCCGGCCUGCUUUGGCACUAGCUGGUGCCGCAAGUUCAUGAAUGGCCAGGUGACCUUCGAGAUGUGGGGUCGCCUGCGCUUCCUAGACUUUUUCAACGUAAAGAACGUUUAUUUCGCUCAAUACGGAGAACCCAGGGAAGGAACACGCAGGGUCGUGCUCAAACGCCUGGGCUCCAACCAAGAGCUCGCAGAGAUCGAUCAGAAGAUCUGCAAACGGGCCACUGGAAGGCCUCGCUGUGAUCUCAUUCAGGGUAUGUACAAAACUGAGUUCGCCCGGCUUAACGGGGACGUAAGGCUGCUGACCCCGGAGGUGGUGGAGGGCUGGUCGGAUCUGGUGCACUGCCCCUCGCAGAGGCUUCUGGACCGCGUGGUCAGGAGGUACGCGGAGACCAAGGACUCUGGAAGCUUCCUGCUGAAGAACCUUAAGGACACGGAACGAAUGCAGCUGCUGAUGACGUUGGCGUUCAACCCUGAGCCGCUUGUGCUGCAGAGUUUUCCCUCCGAUGAGGGCUGGCCGUUUGCCAAAUACCUGGGGGCCUGUGGCCGGAUGGUGGCGGUGAAUUACGUGGGCGAGGAGCUCUGGAGCUUCUACAAUGCACCCUGGGAGAAAAGAGUGGAUCUGGCCAAGCAGCUGAUGGAAAUCGCCGAGCAGCUGACCAACAACGACUUUGACUUUGCCCUUUACCUCCUAGACGUGAGCUUCGACAACUUUGCAGUCGGACCUCGUGAUGGAAAAGUCAUCGUCGUCGAUGCAGAAAACAUCAUAGUGGCAGACAAAAGACUGAUUAAGCAGAAUAAACCAGAGAACUAUGACGUGUGGUAUGAGAGCCGCUACGAGGAAUGCGACAAAGAGGCCUGUCUUUCCUUCUCCAAGGACAUCCUCUGCUCUCGAGUCACCGUGGACCACAACUAUUACGCUGUCUGUCAGAACCUGCUCUCCAGAUUCGCCACCUGGCGUGGCACCACGGGUGGUCUCCUCCAUGACCCCCCUGCCGACGUCAUCAAAGACGGCCGCCUCACAGCCCUGCUGGACGAGUGCACCCGGCCUCAGAAACAGUACGGUCGCUUCCAGGCAGCUAAAGAACUCCGGGAGUUCCUGACACAACUCACACAGCCGAGCAAUACUAACAGGUAGUGUCCAGAACAGGGGACGUUCUGUGCCCCCCCCCCACCCACCC